AUGCAGCCUUACGCUUGGGAAAACAACGGAUAUUGGUAUAUGCUCACUGUAAUAGAUAUUUUCUCUAACUAUGCAUGGGCUGUACCUGUGAAGAAAAAAACUGACGAAGAAGUAACGGGUGGCAAUGCAUUCGAUAUUAAAAAAAGGAUGAGUUUGACCUUCGAAGUUCAGCCCUUACUGAAGAUUCGUGAAAUCCGCUCGCUCAGCUCGUUCGAGGAUUCUUGCUUGGAUGGCGAAAAAACUAGGAUCAGGAAGAAAAAUCCCAAGUACCUUGACUACUUCGCCGAGGACGAAACAGAGACUGAACUCGAGAUGGAAGACCAAUCAUUUGUUUCAAAUCUCAAUCAACGACAGUCAAAUCCACCAAACACGAGUAUUGAAAACAAUUCUCAGGUAAAAACCAGUCGGCCGAGUAGCUCUUCCAUCCGCGACCUCAACUCCAUCCGAGACCUAAAAAAAUUCAUUUGCCUGUACUGCAAAUCCUGCAAAUUGUCCUACCCCUACGAGACAACCGAGCGUUUCAAGGAGCCACCCAAAGAUUGUCCCAGCUGCAAAGUCAGCUUAGUGUACCAGUGCCUCGCCUGUCCCGAAAAAACCUACCGCGUGAUAACUUCGGCCUACCGCCACGUGAAGCAGGAGUGCCAGGACCCGUUGUUCUUCUACUGCAGCUUUUGCUCGUAUCACACGCAUCGCAAGUACCGCAUCGAGAGCCACAUUGCGCAUCACCACCAGGAGAAGGACGAGCGUACAGUGACAACCGAAACUCGUCCCGAGCAGGUCAAGAUCAGUAGUAGCAUCAGUGUCAGCAGCAGCGUCAAGCACUUGAAAAGCUGGAAACGCGCUAAAAAGUGCAAAAAGUGCGGAAGUAGAUUCAAGACCCUUGUGAGGUAUACCAAGCACGUGCUCAGGUGUAACAAAGAGCCCGAAGUCUUGUUUCUCGAGUGAACCGUCGCAUUUUUACAAUAUGAUUUUAUUUUAAUUUUUUUUUUUUUUAUAUAUAUAA